AUGUUGAAUGAUCUUCCCCGAGAGGCCCUGCUGCGGCCAUUGACCAGGACUGAGGUGGUGGGCAUGCUUUUGAGGCUGACUAUCUUUGGAGCAGCCACCUACUACAGCAUUAAAUGGGUUGUGGAAGCAAUGGACCCUACUGCUAAACAAAAGAGUCAAGCCAAGAAAAGGGCGGAACAGCUGAUGAAGAGGAUUGGUGUUGAGGGUGUCAAACUUACUGAAUAUGAGAUGAACAUUGCAUCACAACUAGUAGAUCCACAAACAAUGAAGGUGUCCUGGAGAGAUAUAGCGGGUCUAGAUGAAAUCAUCAACGAGCUACAAGACACAGUCAUUCUGCCCUUUCAAAAAAGGCACCUUUUGGCUGGAUCCAAACUGUUUCAGCCACCUAAAGGUGUUUUAUUGUUUGGUCCUCCAGGAUGUGGGAAGACCAUGAUUGCUAAGGCAACAGCCAAAGCUUCUGGCUGCAAGUUUAUCAACCUGCAGGCAUCUACGUUGACCGAUAUGUGGUAUGGCGAAUCACAGAAGCUGACAGCCGCUGUAUUUUCAUUGGCAGUCAAACUCCAGCCGUGUAUCAUUUUUAUCGAUGAAAUUGAAUCCUUUCUCAGGAACCGCUCCAGCCUUGAUCACGAGGCUACUGCCAUGAUGAAGGCACAGUUCAUGAGCCUGUGGGACGGCCUCGAAACUGCCUCAGCCACUCAGGUAAUGGUCAUGGGGGCAACAAACCGACCACAAGAUGUUGAUCCUGCUAUCCUACGUAGAAUGCCCACAACAUUUCACGUCGGCCUUCCAGACUCACAACAAAGACAUGACAUCCUGCGGUUGAUAUUAGCAGAAGAAAAUCUGAGCCACACUAUUAAUUUGAAGGAGAUAGCUGAGAAGACAGAAGGCUACUCUGGCAGCGACCUGCGGGAACUUUGUCGUGAUGCCGCCUUGUACAGAGUUCGAGACUACGUCCGCAAGGAACAGAUGAGGCAGAUAGCUCAACAGUUGGGAGAAGUCCAAGAUGAGGAAAACCCCCUAGAUGAGGAUAGAUUGCGUCCAAUUACCCAGCUUGACCUCCUUUUUGGCCUGGACAAGAUGAGGGAGUCUAAAAAGGGUACAGUGACUAUGUCUGUGUCUGAGGUUCCGCUGGACUGA